AUGGAGAAGUUUCAUUUCAACCCAAUUCCUCUAAAUUGCAAAACAAUUAAAUAUUUUUCAAACAUCGAGACACUUCAUUUGUGGAAUAAAGAAGAUGAUAAUUUUGGAAAUAAAAUUCUUUUAAAACCUAAUAAGAUGGUAAAUAACAAAAACAUUAAAGAAACUCAAAAUGUUGAUAUUAAGAAAGUGUUUUAUGAAAUAGUAGUGUGGUUCAAUGUUGAAUACACCACAGUAUAUACAAACAGAGGGUUAAACUUCACAUUUAAAAAUGUGACUUACACUAAAACUGACAGAGAAAUGUUUGGUGAUACAAUUCCACUAUGUGUAACAUCUAUUGGAGAAAAAUGUUAUAAAACGUGUACUUCUAUAGUAAGUAUAACAAUACCAUCGAGUGUCACAUUAAUUGGUGAUAAUUGUUUCAGUGGGUGUUACAAUCUCAAUAAAGUAGUUUUACCUUCAACUGUCACAACUAUUCCUGUCGGUUGUUUCACUUUUUGUGACAAUUUGAGCAACUUGAUAAUUUCAUUUGGUGUCAAAAUAUUAGACGAUUGUUGUUUUGGUGAUUGUUACAACCUUAUUAAUGUAGAAAUCCCAUUAAGUGUCACAACACUUGGAGCUUAUUGUUUUAAUAACUGCUCUAAUCUUAAAGAUUUAAUAAUACCAUCAAGUAUUAUAUCAAUAGGAGAAUAUUGUUUCAAUAAUUGUGACAGCUUGAUGAGUCUUUUUAUACCAUCAAGUGUCAAAUCAUUUGGAGAAAAAUGUUUCCCACAACAUCUCAUAAUUAAUUAUUAA